AUGCCGGCGAACGUAGAAGAGAUCUGGCAAAGGAGGCGGGGCUACGUGCAGUACGUGCGAUGGAUGCGGGCGGUUGUUGACCACAGUGUCAUCGACAGUAUAAUCGAAGACAUAAUGAAGAAAUUUUCCAGGAAUGCAAAAGCUCUGCUUCACGCAGAGUACAAUUGCGAAGUGAGCCUAGUGAGCCAACGUGAUGACAUUAGCCGCGAAGAGGAACAGUUCUUUUUGCUGUGGAGCGGAACGCCUGUGUCGUUCUCGUCUGUUUCUCCUCUUCUGAGACCCUUCUUCAUAAAUUCUCAACUGUGA